AUGGCCUUCCGCUUCUCGCAUCCGACGCCACCAUCAACACAGCCACCUACCGUGCACAUUUUGCAGCCGAAGAACUCGCCACGUCUGUAUUUACGAAGCUGGUCUUCGAAAAGACACUCUAACUCGCAAGCUCUGCAAAACAAGUUCUUCUCGCGCAAUCUUGCCGCUGCCGCCGGCCCUUCACCAUCGCUUCACCAUCGCUUCACUCCAAGACGCUUUGCGCUCACCAUCGCCCCUCUCCUCCAGCGUAGGUUCCUUUCGGGGUCCUUACGCGGUUCUUCGCUGCCCAACACGAUAUCUUCUCAGCAGCCGCACUGGCAGGCGGCGCUUCAAGACUCAGCCGGCCCGCAGAACCACUCAUCCGUCGCACCCCCUCUCACCUCGACCUGGAGUACUGGUCAGCUGCCAUCCGUCUUUGAAGACGCCGACACGAUCGAAUCAGCCCCGUUGUCGGCCACCUUCUCCAACCAGCCAUUCGAGCCUCAAUCUACCACCGCCUCUCCGCUCGGCCACAACCAGGGCUUUUCGCUAUCGCACCCUCGUCGACGCUUUACCAAUCCCGACGCUGGUAGCACCCAUAAACCCUCGCCGCCACGCCACAGCUUCGGUGCGGCUCUCGCUUCCCAGCUAGCUCAACCCAACUUUCACCACUUCUCGCAGUCUGGUCUCGGCGUCUCUCAUCACAACGACGCCGGUAGCCGACCUCGCUCGCCAGCUCCGCUCAAGCUCGUGUCCAGCAUGGACGCUUCUCCCUCUCAGCUACAGCAGCUCAUCCAUCCUCCAGGAAUGGACCUGUCGCUUAGCAUUCCUGCAGACAUGCAACAGCAGCACUUUCAGCAUCAUCAACAGCAGCAGCAGCAGCAGCAGCAGCAGCAGCAGCAGCAACAGCAGCAGCAGCAAGCACAACAGCAAAUUCCGCAGCAACAACAACAGCAGCAGCAGCAAUCCCACUCUGCAUUGGCGUCGCCGGUAACAGCGAGACAAAUAGGCGCACCUACCGCGUCUGCCCAGCAAGCCACGCAGCAUCAUGAAAUGCAAUCCAGCCCACAGGUUGUCGACGCCAGUAUCGGUAAUCAGCAGCCGUCCACUUCGCUUCGGCUUCAGACGCAGGAUCUUUCGCGGCAAACGUAUGCGUCUCUGACUUCGCCCAUGCAGCCGCAAAGCGGUGUGCAGAUGUCACAACAGCCCAUGCAAAACAUGCAGCUUGAAUCGCCGCAGCACGCUCAGCCGCCACCCAACCAGCAGCAAUCUCACGCCGAGCAGCAGGUCCACCAACAGCAGCAGCACCAGCAGGAGACAUUACAAUCGCUUUCCCAGACCCAGACGAUGCCCUCGCAUCCUUCGCAGACCAUGGCCCAGGCCACGGCGCAAUCUGGCUCUUCUGCCAUGACCGACGAUGGUGCUCAGAACAACGCGUAUGCUGCCAUCCCGCAGCGUCCAUCCAUGACAGCACAUCAUCGUUCUCAAUCCUUGGGCGUGCAUCUGCAUCAGAUGGCGUCUCAGUCAAUGCCUCAACAGACCGUCCCCGCUUCUGCCGAAAGCCUUCAGGCGUUUAGCUGGCCAUCGGCUCCCUCGCAGAACGAGCUUCUCAUGUCGGCUACGCCCGUUCAGGCCACCGAGCGAUUCGCUCCCAGUCAUCAUCGUGCUGCUUCGCACAGCAUGGCCCACAACCCGAAUUUGGGCAUGCAGACGCUAACCCUCCCCGUUGACGUGUCUCACGCCCAGGUGUCCGCCAAUGCCCAAGCUCAACAACAAGCACAGGCACAAGCACAGGCACAAGCUCAGGCGCAGGCACAUGCCCAGGCUCAAGCCCAGGCUCAUGCGCAACUGCAGGCACGCGCACAGAUCCAGGCACAGGUCCAAGCCCAAGCUCAGGCGCAGGCGCAGGCUCAAGUCCAGGCUCAGCUUCAGGCGCAAGCACAGCUGCAAGCACAGGUGCAGCAAGCACAAGCAGAGGCUCAAGCUGCAGCUCUCCGUGCCGCCUCAGCGUCCACACAGAGGCCCUCCAACGAACAUUCUGAGUUGAUGGAUCAGAUAGCCAAGCUGUUGGACGAUGUCGUCCUGCAAGCAAAUUCAGCUCGAGAGUCGUUCCACAACGGUGACGGCAUGCUCAGUAAUCGCUGCCUAGGUGAUCUGCAGAAAGACUUGCAGCACAUUCAGCACCUUUCGCAUCAGAAGUUUGCUGCACCCGCGCCCGCACCCACCUCUACUCCUGCUUUGCCGCCGACACCACAGUCUUCGCAGCCUUUUGCUGGCGCCUCGUUCCCAUUGCAGCCAUCGCAGCCGCAGGGUCUAGCCCCCCCUUGA